CACAAACUUCCCCUUCCGAGUGCGCCGAAGUUUCACUCUCAUCCUAAAUGCCGGAGGACAUAAGUGGCUUUGUGGUAUCAACCCCCAUUCUACGCCAAAGGCGGGACUUUUGACCGCUAUGGAAGAGCAGCAGGGGCAAGUGAGCCAGUCAACCCUACCACUCGCCCACGCGCACUUCGAGAAAGGUGACUACCUGGAGGCCGAGGCGCUGUAUUCCGCGUACAUUCGCCAGUGCGGCUGUGCAGCCUCCGCGCGAGCCGGGCCCGGAAGCAAAUGCAGCCCCAAGGAUUUGGCUACUGCAUAUAACAACAGGGGGCAAAUCAAGUACUUCAGGGUUGAUUUUUACGAAGCAAUGGAUGACUACACAUCUGCCAUAGAAGUCCAACCCAAUUUUGAAGUUCCGUAUUACAACAGAGGGUUGAUACUAUAUAGGCUGGGAUAUUUUGAUGAGGCUUUGGAAGAUUUCAGGAAGGUUUUAGACUUGAAUCCUGGAUUUCAAGAUGCUGCUUUGAGUUUAAAACAGACUAUUCUAGACAAAGAAGAAAAACAAAUCAGAAGUUACUGAAAAAUUAUUGAAUAUUUUAAUUAAUUGAAAUAUUAACUCAUGAUCCUUAUACUGGCAUCUAAUUUUAAAAUAGGUAUUGAGCUAUUCAGAUUUAUAUUAAAAUAAAAACAUUUAUGCAUUAGCACUGAAAGUUAAAUAACAUAUAAAAAAACAAUGUACUUAAUUUCAGAUUGAGAGAAUAUUUGCUAAAUAUGCUUUUCAUAAGGUGUAAAUAUGUCAUAUCAAUGUAUAAUUGUAUAUCAUUACAAUAAAAUAUUUAAAGGAAUGAAUGGUAUUGUCUUCAGUGAA